AUGGACAACAACAGCGAGUACAACCAGCACCAACGGUAUGGACAACAACGCUUUGGUACAAACCAACACCACAGUAUGAACAACAACAGCGGUACAACCAACACCCCACAGUAUGGACAGCAACAGCAGUACAAUCAGCACCCACAGUAUCAACAACAACGGCAGUACAGCCAACACCCACGGUAUGGACGUAGCAGCAGUACAACACCACAGUAUGAACAACAACAGCAGUACAACCAACGCCCACAGUAUGGACAACAACAGCAGUACAGCCAGCACCCACAGUAUAGACAACAACAGUACAACCAACACCCACAGUAUGAACAACGCGCCAGCAGUGCAGCCAACGCACAGUAUGGACAACAACAGCGGUAG